UAGAGACAGGCUGGUGGCUCACACAGUCCUAGGCAGAGAGCUGGUGGAGAGAAGGGAGGGAGUGAAUAAAGUGUAUCGCAGCCUCUGUAUUUCACAUGAGGCUAUUAACCAAUUCUGCCAGUACCGUCUUCCUAAGCAUCAGCUGAAUUAAAACAAAGAGCAUUAUGCUGCAGUGCCAGGGAACAGAAGUUCCUGCCUGAUCCAUCCUUUUGUUCCUGCCUUUCAGUCCUGCUCCACCAUCCGGAUAAAGAGGUGACAUAUUUCUGGUCUAGAGGCAGAUAGAUCAUUGCUCUUCAGGAAAAAGGAGGACCCUGACUACCGCAAAGGGUUUCUGGCUGGAGGAAGAAUGACGGAUAACAGGCAGGAUGAGCCCAAAUCAUCCCACUGGGCACCAGGACAGCUCAGUGAGGCCUCACCUCUCCCUCACACAACAGAUAUGAAAGAACAAGGGGGAGCAGGAGAUGGAAUGGUGCACAGCUCCAAUGGCAUUCCCUUCAGACAGUCAGAGGGAAGAGCAUAUGGGGAGAGAGCUCACCAAGAAUCCCAUGCUACAAGCAAGGAGAAUGGCAUCAAUGGAGAGAUGCCAUCUGGAGAUUCAGAAACUGCAGAGGAGGUAUCUGCACGCAUAGUCCAAGUAGUAACUGCUGAUGCUGUAGCGGUCCUGAAAGGUGAACAGGAGAAGGAAGUCCAACUCAAGGGCCCUCCAGGAGAUCUGCCAUUAGCUGUAGAAGAUACAACCAAUCUUCCUCCGUCGCCCCCUCCUUCACCAGCUUCAGAACAGAUGGGAACAGUGGAGGAAGAAGAGAAAGUUAAGGGUCAUCUGCCUGAGAAAGAAGAGGAGAAAGCUCAGGGGGGAGAAAGCAGAUCUACUGAGUCCUCUAUCGUGGGGCUAAGCAAGGUCCACUCAGAUUCAGGAUCCGAUGUGACACAACAUCACGAAGAAAAUGUUAUAUGCGAAAUAAGCGAUGACAAAGUUAUUGCAAAACAUGAAAUUGAAUCGCCCACUGUUCUGUUGCCUUCCUUACUAGGGGAAGAUGUACUUUCAGCCUCGAAGACGGGGGCACAAGGACAGUUGGAUUCUCUGCCUUACUCUGUGGAAGCUGUAGACACGGUUGAAGAUGUUCUGUUCACGAAAAAUAAGACUGAGGAGAAAAGUAAGCAAGAUGCAAUAGAACCAGGAUCUUCAGAGCAUGAUGGAAAGAAAUCAGAGAAAGAAGAGGAGAAAUUACCAUCAGCACUACAAAUGUCUGGUUCUGACGUAACUUUUGCGAUACCACAUGUUUAUUCAUUUUCGGUAGAGCCUUGUACUCCGACAACCCCUGAAGCUGAACAACUUGACUUUAGCAGGGCUGAGGCUGAAGGCAAAGACAGCCUUUCGACAGACCACGCAACCAAUGAGAAUGAAAAUAUUUUUUCUAGUUUUCCUUCAAGUCAAACAGAAAUUUCUUUUCAACAUUCCCCAGUAUUGGAAAAAGAACAGACUUUGAAAGACGAACUUUUUUCAUAUUCUCCAUUGCCUGUCACAGAACCAAUUGAAAAAGAUAUAAGUACAGCUAAGCCAGGUAUUUCAGACACCACCAAAGAUAGUUGCCAGGGAGAGUUGGCUCAUCCAGAUGCCGACAGCAUUAGCGAUACAAGUGUUCAGAAACAUGAUAAAGAUUCUGUUACAUAUAAUGAGGGGAGGGAUGUCAGUCAUUCCAAAUCAGACAUGCUAGGUCAAUCAGAUAUUGUGGCAAAGCAAGAUGAGAUUAUUGCUAGCAAGUCCGAUGAUAGCAUAGAAGAACCAAAAGACAUUGCUAGUAAAGAGAGCAGCAUUAGAGAUAUUACCAGUAGUCAAGAUGAACUGAUGAGCCCAAAAGCUACAGGUCACCAUAAGACGCACGAAAAAAUGGACGUCUCAGACCCAUUCACGCAUGACAAAAAAGAAACAGUACUGGAAUCCCUUAAAGAGAAUGUUUCACCAGAGGUUCCGGCAGACAGCAAAUCUCUAGAUGACCACAAAUUUAAACUUGCUGAAGAUAAAUCUGGAAUGUCUACAUAUUUUGAAACAUCUGCACUGAAAGAGGAAACAUUGGAUAGUAUUGUACUCAAGAGCAGUGAUUACUAUGAGCUGACCGACGUCAAAGACCCUCCAUAUGAAGCCUGUUCAAUACCACAUAUAGCCAAGAGAGAAGAAGAAGAAGAAGAACAAGAAGAGGAAGAAGAAGAGGAUGAAGAUGUAGCUCCAAUGCCUGAUGAAAAAAUUAGUCCCUCUACUCAAGAUGUUGGCUAUAGUUCACUUACCUCUACAAAACUUCAGUCAACUUUAUCAGCUGGAGAUCGUAUGUUUACUAUUGACCCUAAUAUCUAUUCGGACAAAUCAGAAUUUCUUAGUAAAAAUAAAGAUGACCUGACCCUAAGCCGUAGUCUAGGACUUGGUGGUAGAUCUGCCAUUGAGCAGAGAAGUAUGUCCAUAAAUCUCCCUAUGUCUUGUCUUGACUCCAUAGCACUAGGGUUCACUUAUGCUCGGGCCCAUGAUCUCUCCCCACUAGCCACUGAUAUUUUAUCUAACACAAGUGGAAGCCUAGAUGAAGGAGAUGAAUCUGAUUUACCAGCAACCACCCCUGCAAUAGAAAAAGCCCUUUCGUUCCCAGAAGAACCAGAGCAGGUGGAGGAGGAGGAGGAGGAGGAAGAAGACACAAAAGAAAUGGUAAAAGACACAGGGAAAGAACGAUUUGAACUAGAACCACUUUGUGAAUCACAGUACCCAGCAAACGAAUACUUCAAAAAUGGUACAAUUAUGGCGCCUGAUUUACCAGAAAUGUUAGAUUUAACAGGCCCAAGGUCCAGGUUAGAUUCAGGUAGUGCAGAAUCUGAGGCCACUAGAAGGAAGUCUUCAAGCUCUGAAAUCAUUAUAGAUGAAAGUAACAUAAGCCAGCAAGCAUCUAUCAUAGAAGGUAGCCACCUUCUUGUAAAGACAGAUAGCCAGCAAGAAGAAUUGGGCUAUUGUGUUUUUAAUAAGUACACAGUCCCUUUGCCAUCCCCUGUGCAAGACAGUGAAAAUCUAAGUGGUGGAAUGACAUCUCUUUAUGAAGGUCUUGCUGUAGAUCCAUCUAUCAUUGAGGUAAAGCUUGCCGCUGCAGAGAAGCUUGGUAAAGAAAGACAGGAAUCCACUGGUGACACUUUUGCUAUGCGUUGGGAAACAGAGUCUGAGAAAAAGGUUUGUGAAACUAAACUUGACACUGUGGUAGAGAAGGGUGAGGAACAGAUUGACAUAAAAGAAAAUCAGCUUACCACUGAGCAAAAAACACAACUGGAUAGUUCAGAAGUCGUUUCAGUAGGGAGAAAAGAUUCAGUCUCUGAAAAGUUAGUUGAAAAAAAAAGGGAAGAGGCAAUCACAGAAGACGAAAUAUCUGUAAAUGUCUCAAAGGAAGAAUCCACAACUAAACUUUCUGAAAUUGACACAUGCCCUAUAACUGUGUCAGAUAUAUCAGAAAUGGAACAAACAAAGUUGUCUACUGAGGAAACAUAUAGUCACCAACAGGUGACUGAAACAACAAAAGUUGUACCACAGACACAAGAGGAAUCUCAGUCAGAAAGUGAGCCUAAAACUCCAGAAACUAAAGAAUCUGAUUCUACUAUGGUGAAAGUAGAAGAAGAUGUUUCCCUGGCUAAAGACAUCUCCAAGCUAUCUGAAGUGGACUUAAAAGAGAAAGGGGCAAAACCUGACUUAGUGCAUCAAGAAGCAGUUGACAAAGAAGAAUCUUAUGAAUCCAGUGGAGAACCAGAACAGCCUCCAGAUUCAUCACAAGAACCGUCCAAAGACAUAACCACCACUGAUGUGAAGAAACCAAGCAUCGAGGAAACAACUGCUGUGGACAUCACAAAGGAGCCAUCAGAAAAUAUUGUUACUUCAACACAUGAGAUUGAGGAAAAGGAAACGGAGGAAGUACAAAUCGAAAAAGUGAGUGAACCUCAAGAAGAACAAACAGUUAAGGAGGUUAUAGCAAAGGAUGAAAUGGGCCAUGAGAUCCAGGCUGUAGGUGAACAAGAGGUAGUUGUAGAUGAUAAGGAAGACCAUGAGGUAGAGGUGUUAGAGGAAUGCAGCACAGAUACCACACAAGAAACACCACAAUAUUCUGGAGAAGAAGAAUUUGUCAAAGAACCUUCUGCAGAGUACUUAGAGGAAGCAACAGGUAUUAUUGAGUCCAUAGUCACAGUUGAAGAUGACUUUAUUAAAGUGGUACAAACUGCUACAGACGAAGGUGAAACGGUGGCUCACAAUGUCCGCUUUGCAGCAUCUGAACCUCCUGAAACAGAACAAAAACCUUUGACAGAAGAAGAGGAGGAAGAGGAAGAGGAGGAAGAAGUAAUAGAAGAGUUCCAUGAUGAACCAAGAGAAGGAUCACCUUGUAUGCCUGCUUCUCCAGAAAAAGAAACAGAAUACCAGACAGAAACACAAGAUGAUUACAAAGAUGAAACAACCAUAGAUGAUUCAAUACUGGAUACAGACAGCAUUUGGGUGGACACACAAGAUGACGAUAGGAGCAUUAUGACUGAAGCAAUAGAACCCAUUCCUAAGGAGGAGAAGGUAGAGCGAGAAAUACAGAAGGUUCCUGUUGAAAGACACAGGAAAGACAAGCCUUUCAAGAGUGGCCGAGGUCGUAUUUCUACUCCUGAAAGGAAAAUGACUAAAAGGGAGCCUAGUGCAACUUCCAGAGAUGAAGUGAGAAGGAAAAAAGCAGUUCUUAAGAAAGCAGAAAUUGGUAAAAAAUCCGACGCUCAGCCCCACUCUCCCUCCAGAAAAGUAAUUUUAAAACCUGCGGUCAAGCAGUCUAGACCGGCCCAUCAGGCCUGCGUGAGAAGGAAGCCGGCAGGGGGUGAUUCCCAACAAACUCCUAGUGCUCUCCGGCAGUCGAGGGACAGGAUUACUGAUGGCGUGAACAAGAGUCCGGAGAAACGUUCCUCUCUACCUAGACCUUCUUCAAUCCACCCAACUAGGAAAAUAAUUCCUGUAGAUAAGGAAGACAACUCUUUCUCCACCAGCACAUCCUCUGUGAGACGCACCACAAGAUCUGAGCCAAUCUGGAGUCGAACAGGAAAGAGUGGAACAUCUACUCCUACCACCCCUGGAUCCACAGCUAUUACUCCAGGAACACCACCAAGCUACGCUUCUCGAACUCCUGGUACACCAGGCACACCCAGCUAUCCACGUACACCCCGCACUCCAGGAACUCCAAAAUCUGCAAUGUAUGUAGCCUCUGAGAAGAGAAUUGCUGUUCUGAGAACACCGCCCAAGUCUCCUGCCACUCUAAAACAGAUGCGGGUUAUGAAUCAACCCCUGCCAGAUUUGAAGAAUAUAAGGUCCAAGGUUGGAUCUACAGACAACAUUAGGUAUCAGCCAAAAGGAGGACAGGUUAAAAUCUUAAGUGAGAAGAUUGAUUUUAGUGGUGUUCAGUCUCGUUGUGGUUCCAAGGAUAACAUCAAUCAUAAUGCAGGGGGAGGUCAAAUCCAGAUUGUUACCAAGAAGAUUGACCUUAGUCAUGUAACAUCAAAAUGUGGAUCCUUGAAGAACAUUCACCAUAGGCCAGGUGGUGGACAUGUUAGGAUUGAGAGUGUUAAAUUGGAUUUCAAAGAAAAAGCCACAUCUAAGGUUGGCUCACUAGAUAAUGCUCACCACACACCUGGUGGUGGAAACAUCAAGAUAGACAGCCAGAAAUUGCAUUUCCGAGAGACAGCCAAGGCCCGUGUUGACCAUGGUGCAGAAAUAAUAACACAGUCCCCAGGUCGUUCUAAUCUGGCCUCUCCACGGCGUCUCAGCAACGUGUCCUCUUCUGGAAGUAUCAACUUGCUAGAAUCACCACAACUUGCAACUUUAGCGGAAGAUGUCACUGCAGCCCUGGCUAAACAGGGCUUAUGAAUGUGUUCUACCUUUAGCAGUGUAUGAAGUUAAAUCUUAAAUAAUAAUAAUAUUAAUAAUGAAAAUAUUUACGCAUGAGCUCUUGGCAGGAUUUGGGCUCAAAGCAGGUGUCACAUUCAUUACUUUUCAGAUCCUUUUACACUAAGAGCAAAUAUCACAUAAAGCCAAACCUAUACACAAGUAGGUUGUUCAUUGUAUACAUAAUAUUCUGAGUGAUGGUGACAGAUUUACCCAUUAUGUUACUGGCAGUAGAAAAAAAAUCCUAGGAUAAAAGUAGACAGAUAGUAACUGGUCAUACUUUGUCAUGUUCCACAGGAAAUAAAAGACAAAAACAUCACAUGUUAGAAUACUUUCCAAGCAUCACCCAAGUCCUUAUCACUGCUCUUGACUAGUCUUGCAUGGAGCCCUACAAAUACUUGGUGUUAUUUCAACAUGUGCCUGCCAGCCACCCGAACAAAGUUUGCGUAAGAGCCAUGUCCUGUUAGAGCGGCUGCUCAUCUCACUGUUCAGUUCAGAUAGUGGUCAAGCUCUUUGUUCCAUCAAAUCCCCAAUCCAUAUAGGCUAACAAACUCAUCGAAGCUUUCUGCUGUGCAAAAGACCGAGGUGCAACGGGAUUUACGAAGAAGACAAACACUCACCACUAUCCAACAUUCAAAGCAAUUUUUGUUAUCGUACAGUCAGUCGUGCUUGUACAACGGGAAAAAUGCCCCCUAUUGGAGGAGAAUCUUUAAAGAAAAUGGGGAGCAGCAUUGAAAGGGAGCAACUGUUAACAUAACGCACUUAUCUUAUGACAAGUAUCUGUAUAUUUAAUGGUCUUUCAGCUUCUAGAAUGCCUGCUUUGCUUUGUAAUAUUGUGCACUGCAGACCUUCCAAGCAGUAAAGGCCAUGAACAAAAAACUUUAGCUUUGUGCAUAGGCAAACAUUUCCAACACCCUUUUUCCACCCGUUUGAUACAGUAUUAUUAAUCUAGAUGUAUAUAUAUUUCUCUGUGGCCAUGUUUUCAUUCAUUCUCCCAAAACCUUUUCAUAUACUUGAGAAAAAUCCAUUUCUUACUCACAGUAUCUGUGUCUAUUGCACCAUUUGGUAAAGCAGUUUUAGGUAGGCAUAAUUUAAUAUUAGGAGCGCUUUCUUUUUUUUCCUAUGUAAAAAAAUUAAAAAUUAAAAAAAAAAAUUCUGAUAAAACACAGCAACGCUCUUUAGCAUGAAAUUGCUCUGUUUGGGGUCUUAAGAGACAUUGGCUGUUUUGAUUUCCCUUUCCAAGCUGGAUUGCUCCAAAAAUUGAGACGUUUUUGUCGAUGACUGCUUUUCUCUUGCUCCUCAUUUUGAAAGGGCUGAAGUAUGAGUUGAUUUUUAAUCUUAAAGGUCCCCAUUUUCUUUUCUCUGUACAAACAUCCAUUCACAAAGUGUUUGCUGAUUUUUAUUUCCUACUUGCUAAAGUUGAACAUUACUUUAAUUCUGGGUAGUGAAAUACAUAUAUGGCAAGUGCUAAUAUUCGGAGAUGGUGCCCUAGUGCAUUACUCUUAUCUGCAGCAAAGGGCUAGUGAGGAUUUAUUCCUGUAGAAUUCUUUAAGAUAACUAUAUCCUGGAAUUCAGUUUUAAUCUUAGUAUCAGCCACACUUGAUCUUAAGUAUUAUACGACCUAACUAUAAACCUUUAUAAAUCCUGAGCCUGUUAUCAUUGCUGAUUUUCAAACAUAUAUUGGGAAGAUGUCUUCAAGGCUUUCUGCCGAAGAACGCCAAAGGAUUGAAUUCUCUAUACUUGUAACCAUUCAACCACUGUAAGUACCGGAACCGCAGUAUAGAUGACAUCUUUCUUUCUCUCAUUCAAUAAUUUACAGUAAGUCAAAGAACCAAAACUGAAUUACAAGAAUAUCUUUAUUUGUACUGUCAACCUCAGUGCUAUAAUAAACAGUGGGGAAAGGGUAAACAAUUCUAAAAGUUCAGAUGCCUCAAUAUCAAAUGAGAUGAUCAGGACCCUGAAACAAAUAGUUAUCAUUCUGAUGUUUUUUUUUAAAUGUACUGAAUUGGUCAAUAAAUGAAGAUGACAUCACAAAGCCACUUUUUAUUUACUUAUUUUUUAAAGACCUUGUAAAAAAAAAAAAAGGGAAUUUCAAAAGCUUCUUUUAUGGGUCUCUAGUAGUUAAAUCAAGAGUAAUUUGCACUAAAUAAGUUUACUUCACCCUAUUUAAGUGCUAGAAUACAUUUCCUAACUCUGCUGAAAUUCCAAGUGUAAUAUAAUCUUAUUUUAAAAAAUUAGACCAAAUGAUACAAUAAAAUGGAGUAUGUAAUGAUGGACUCACGUAAUUGUCUUUUAUUAUUUUACUAUUUGUUAGUGUCCAAACUAAUAUUUGUCAUCUCCAUUGUAAGUAAAGAAAGAUUUGUAGUUUUAGUCCUAUUAUCUAAUCAUUUUGCAGCAGUCCACACUUAGAGGGGAAAUCAACUGGUGCAAGAAAAUCGCUUCUAUUUAAAAAUCUUAACCCUUCUGGUACUUAUCAGCUGCUGUAUACUACAGAUAUACUACAGAUACAUUUGUAAAGUUCUUUCCAGCCUGACCACAGUGCUCUCUGCUGACACCACUGUCCGUGUCAGGAACUGUCCAGAGCAUGAGAGGUUUUCUAUGGGGAUAUGAUUCUAAUCUGGAUAGUUCCUGACACGGACAGAGGUGUCAGCAGAGAGCACUGUUGUGAGAGAGAAAAGAAAUUCACAAAUUUCUCUGUUUUAUACAGCAGCUAAUAAGUACUGAAAGGAUUACGAUUUUUUAAUAGAAGUAAUUUACAAAUCUGUUUAACUUUCAGGCACCAGUUGAUUUGAAAACCUUUGUUUUCUACUUGUUUCUAUUGGAGUUCCCCUUUUAAGUGGACCUCAUAUAUCACAAAAAGCUGCUGUUGGUAAGAACGACAGUUUUGAUAUAUGAGUUCCAUUGUGUGUACAGUUUACAGUACUAGAAGACAAAUGGAGUUUACUUGGCCAGGAACCCUUGUAAAACUCUGAUAAUGUAGCACUGUAGGUAUUCUGGUGACUGUAGGCUUCACUACAAAGUGCAAUGGAAUCUGUAUAAAAAAAAUGGUGCAAUGGAUAGUUCUAUCAAGGUCUUUUUUUUUUUUGCAUUGUAGUCUAUGUACAUGUCCUCCCAAAAGAAUAGAAUUGAUAUCCUUUACAAUAAAGUUUGUGUGUAAAGCUAGCAUACAGGAUUACUCUGCAGAUGUUCUUUUACCAGGGGUUAACUUUUAAGUUUUGUAAAUGGUCACAAAAUAGGUCUCAUUUUCUACAGCAUGGUGAACCGAACGUUUUACAAUCUGGUUUAUACGUAAGGUCAGAUGUAUUAGCUGAUGUGUGAAAUACAGUAGGUCAGUGUUUUAUUAACAUGGUUCAGAAAUCUUGCAGAUGAUAGAUACAGGCAGCUAAAGAAGUAUGUUAUGUCUGGUACUAUGCCCUAUGUCUGGGAUUGCUGCCUGCUGCUUGUCUUCUAUCUCUCCAGUGGUAUUGAGAGCAGCAUUGUGAUAGUGCUGUUUCUAAUGUUUCCUGUUUGUCAGUUCUUAGUUUAUGGGGAUUUUAGCAAGCACAGAACAGUUAUUUAUGUGCAGUUUGGGUUUUACUUCUUUCUCUUGCUAAUAAGAGGACAUUGACUUGAUGGCUUCUGUUCUAGUUGAUGAGCGUCCGUUUGACAAAUGGUUUUAUAUUUAGCAGAACUUCCCAGGACAUGGGGAUGACAUAUAGUUUAUAGCAAUAACAUAACUAAGGAAAUAUGUCUGGUCUAUAAAUUACAUUGGUGCAAAAAAAUGUACAAUAAAAAUUAGUCGUAUUGCUUGUCUACGUUACCUAUCACCAUCUAAUCCCCCUCCCCAUCUGUCCCUGACCUUGGAUAACUCUAUCCCUGCAUUUAUUUUGCUUUAAAACACCCUAAAAAUACCUCUUUUUUAUGCUCUCCAGUAGCUCAUCACAGUGAACAGGAGGUUGUCAUAACAAGGGCAAGUCCGGGAGAGAGCGAGAUAGCAGUGCAUUUAUAAUUAGCAAUGUGGAAAGUGGACAGAGGGGAGAGGAACAGAGAAAAAGAGAAGAGGGAAUAUAUCCUCUCUGCUCCCUGCUUGUGUAUGAGCUGAGUGCUCCCCCUCCCUCCUGCCUGCCUGACUGGCAGGCUUGGAGCUGCACAGAGCAGAUUUCAGACUGGCUCACUGAGUCCGAAAUGCUUGCUGACAGGAUUGCUAGGGAGACCCCUAUUGGCGAAGUUUUUAAAGUAAAAAAAAAAACAUGAAAGGAGGAAA